GAAGUGACGUCAGUGUUUGUGCUGCUGGCAGAAUUACCAGUCUGGUUCGUCUUUUAUCCACAACACGUUGGGAGUAUGACGCAGGCAGUGCAGACGAAUGGGGUGCAACCCCUCAGUAAGACAUGGGAACUCAGUCUGUAUGAGCUACAGAGGACUCCACAGGAGGCCAUCACAGAUGGGCUGGAGAUCGCGGUGUCUCCCAGGAGCCUCCACAGCGAGCUGAUGUGUCCGAUCUGUCUGGACAUGCUGAAGAACACCAUGACAACCAAGGAAUGUCUGCACCGCUUCUGUGCCGACUGCAUCAUCACCGCCCUCAGAUCAGGCAACAAGGAAUGCCCUACGUGCAGGAAGAAGCUGGUGUCUAAGCGGUCCCUGCGGCCGGACCCGAACUUUGACGCCCUCAUCAGUAAGAUCUACCCCAGCAGAGAUGAGUACGAGGCCCACCAGGAGAGGGUUCUGGCCCGCAUCUCCAAACACAACAACCAACAGGCCCUGUCCCACAGCAUCGAGGAGGGCCUCAAGAUACAGGCCAUGAACAGGCUGCAGCGAGGGAAGAAGCACCAGCUGGAGAACGGGAGCGGGGCGGAGGACAACGGCGACUCCUCCCACUGCAGCAACGCCUCCGUCCACUCCAACCAGCAGGAGGCGGGUCCGAGCAUCAAGCGUACCAAGACGUCAGAUGACUCUGGUCUGGACAUGGACAACGCCACAGAGAACGGAGGAGGAGGUGGAGGAGGAGACAUGGCCGUGGACGGAGCCAGCGAGAUAGAACUGGUGUUCUGUCCUCAUCCUACGCUCAUGGACAAGGAGGACACCGAGCAGACCAGUGUUGAGUUUGUUCCCAGGUACAUCAAGACGUCAGGUAACGCCACAGUGGACCACCUGUCUAAGUACCUGGCUGUGCGUCUGGCCCUGGAGGAACUAAGGAAGAACGGAGAGGCCAGCCCCGUCAAUGUAGACGCUGCCUCAGAGAAACAAUACACCAUUUAUAUCCCUACAGCCAACGGACAGUUCACGGUGCUGAACGGGUCGUUUUCUCUGGAGCUUGUCAGUGAGAAGUACUGGAAGGUGAACAAGCCCAUGGAGCUGUACUUCGCCCCCACCAAGGAGCACAAGUAGACCAGCUGGAGUACACCUGGGGGGGUAGACCACCUGGAGUACACCUGGGGGGGUAGACCACCUGGAGUACACCUGGGGGGGUAGACCACCUGGAGUACACCUGGGGGGGUAGACCACCUGGAGUACACCUGGGGGGGUAGACCACCUGGAGUACACUUGGGGGGUAGACCACCUGGAGUACACCUAGGGCACCCUAUUUCCUAUGUAGGGCUCUGGCCAAAAGUAGUGCACUAUAUAGGUAAUAGGGUGCCCUUUAGGACACAGCCCUGGAUGAGACCUGCCAGGAGAACGAGGUGUCUAAUGGACUCUCUCUACAUCUCUCUCUCUCUCUCUCUUUACAUCUCUCUCUCUCUCUCUCUCUACAUUUCUCUCUCUUUUACAUCUCUCUCUCUCUCUCUACAUCUCUCUCCAUUUCUGUCUCUCUCUCUACAUCUCUCUCUGUCUGGUGUGAAUUUGUUGGUAAGAAGUUAGUAUAGGGGGUAUGUAUAAAUGUAUCUGAUAUAGUCACUAGCCAGGCAGAACCUCUUCGUAAGCAUUUCUAGAGACGUCACUGCCAUUCCAGGGUGGCGUUUAGGAGGGCACUGAAUACUGAACGCUGCUGCUAGAAACGCCAUAGAUUUGUCAUGAUUCCUUACUCGACAUGUCAGAUAAGCAUGUAUGUUCUCUAUCUACAUCGCUCUCUCCAGGGCUGUCUACCUUCUACCUGCUCCCUGUGUCUAGGUCCUAAUACUGAGGUGGUACCUGGGUGUUCUGCUACCUGUGUCUAGGUCCUAAUACUGAGGUGGUACCUGGGUGUUCUGCUACCUGUGUCUAGGUCCUAAUACUGAGGUGCUACCUGGGUGUUCCAGGGCCUUCUACCUGCUCUGGAUAACUGUGGCUGCUUCAGGAUGUUGUAUGGUCUUUUUGUAUCUGGGGGACGGUGAGCUGGGUUGGGGAUGGGAUGGGAGGCUUUUUCAGAUAUAUGACUAGUGUUUCCGUACAGAAAACUAAUGUUUUUGUUGUUUAAAAAAAAAAUAUAUAUGUUGAGCAGAGAAGUCAUGAAGCUGUUUUCUAUAAACCCACGAUCCUUGUAUUUGUUGACAUAGUGUGACUCAAAGGGCACCCUAUUUCCCUAUGUAGUGCACUACUUUUGACAAGGGCCCAUAGGGAAUACAUUUACAUUUACAUUACAUUUAAGUCAUUUAGCAGACGCUCUUAUCCAGAGCGACUUACAAAAUGGUGCAUUCACCUUAUGAUAUCCAGUGGAACAACCAC